AUGGCGGGAAUUUUGGAUGUUCAUGUCCAUUACGCGGCAGGGCUCCCCUCAUUGUGUGACUAUGGCGAGCAGGAUGUUUACGUUCGCUUUUUAUUCGGCGAGCUCGAUCCCCUCUCGGGUGCCGUGUUACAGACCAGGACGGUCCGCAAGGGCGGGACGCGUCCAAUAUUCGACCAGUCGCUUCAAGUCGGAGUCCCGUCGGGCGAACAGCGUCUGCGCUGCGAGGUGUUCAUGUCGCAGCCGCGCGGGCGCGAUCAGCUGCUGGGCGCCGCGAACGUGUCGCUGGAAGAGAUUAUAUCGCGUACGGCCAAGCUCUCGAAGAAACCCGCGGAGUUCAAGCUGCUAAGCAGCAGCAGCGCGCCCGCGGGAGCUCUCGUGCUCACGCUCACCUACCACGGCCGCUCCGCCUCUUCCUCUCGCCCUGCCGCGCAGCCCGCCGCUCAUCCCUCCGCGCAAUUCGGUGCGCAGUCCGCCGCGCAGACGGACGGACAAGCCGGCGCGGCGGCGGCUGGCGGAGCGUUCGCGCGGCUUGCGUUCCCGCCUUCCCUACAAGACUCCGCCGCCGCCACAUCCGCCGCCGCCGCCGCCACAUCCGCCGCCGCCGCCGCGAUCGCGCUGCUCCCCGCAAAGAGAACGCCCCCCCCGCUCCCCGCCUCCUUCGCGAUGGCUGCGCCUCCACCCAAUUCCGGAUCCCUCCCCGCGUCUAGCGCUGCCGCAGGGGCUUCCGCGCCGUCCCCUUCGUUUUUCAAUCCUUCGCCCUCGUUAGUAUCACAUCCCUCGCCCUCGUUAGUAUCACAUGCUCCCCCCUCGUUGUCACAUCCUUCCGCCCCAGCUGCGCCGUUACUUUUCAACCACCUGGCCUCCUCCGCUGCUGCGCCGUCAUCGCAGCGCUGGGGCGCAACGGAAGGCGCGUCGCAGCUAGAAUCAAGGCGGGUAGUAACGGGGACGGAGGUGGAAAAUCGCGCAGGCGGGGACUUCACCAGCGCGAACGGGGCGGGGCAAGGCGCGCUGCGUGGUAUACCUUCCGCGGAGUUCAGUUUGGGGGGAGCGCGGAUCGGCGGAGCGGGAGUAGGCGGCGCAGGAGCAGGGGGGGCGGGGGGAACGGCGGGGGUAGCGGGGGCGGCAGCGGAGCUGAUGACGAUGGCACAAAACGACAGCACGCACAGGUCGUAUCUGGCCAGGCAGUUACUGGACUCGAGCGCUGCAAUGCAGGGCGGCGCGAGUAUGGGGCCGCUAGAUUUGGGUCCAUCCAACGGUGGAGAUGCAAGCAUGGGGGCGGUAGAUCUGCCGGGUGCUAGUUUGGGGGCUGUGGCCGCAGGAUCCGCGGAGCCCGUAAAGGCGGAGCAAGCAGGCGGAGUUCUGGGGGAAUUGGGUGGGGGAAGGAUGGGGGGAACGGGUAAGACAUCCCCGCCCCCCUGCUUGGAUCUCUCCGCGGGUCUGGGCAGAGCAGGGGGAGCGGAAGGGGGCAUUGGGGGGAGAAGGAAGAGCUUGAGGCGGGAGCGGGAGUGGUGGAGUGAGGCGAAAGCGGAAGCUAUGGAGGUGGAGGGGGGAAGUGAGGGGUUUGGGGGAAGAUCCGGCGUGGGGGGGGUAGAGCUUGGAUUGUCCACUGUGGCAGCAGCAGCAGCAGCAGCAACAGAAGCAGGUGGGAACGAGAGCGCAGCGGAGGGUAGCAAGAGUGCAGCAGCAGCAGAACCGAGAGCAGAAGCAGGAGCAGAAAGGAGCACAGAACCCAUUGCAGACUUGCUGAACGUUAACCAUGCUCAUCGUCAAAACGAGCAGCAGCAGCAGCAGCAGCAGGAGGAGGAGGAGGAGGAGGAGGAGGAGGAGCCGAGGCUGAUGCAGCUGCUGCCUAUGCAGUGGUGCUCGGAGGACAGAGAAAAGGACAGUUUCAUGCAUAGUAGAAGCAGCAACAGACCAUCAGGACCGUUGGAUAGACCAUCAUCAGGUCUCACGCCAUCAGGUGGCACUCCAGCCACUGUUGCAAGCCCUGACCUAUCCCUUGGCAGGGCAACGAAGCUGAGCCUCGAACCUGCCGAGCCAAGCAGGCACGGCUUGGCGUCAAGUUUGACUCUAGGUUUGGAACCCGAGCCUGUUGGUGAGCCAGGAAGAGCGCCCGUGCCCUGCCACCCUGCGCCCUUUUCCAUGUCCAUGGGUUCAUCUUUCCAGCCGAUCCAACAGGCGCCACAUCAGGGUGCUGCUGAAAAGCCCGCUUCGUUGCUCCCGUCCCUCCCCUCCUUCUCCUGUCGCUCCCGCAGCACUGCUGCCUGCCCUGCGGCUGCUGCGGCCAGGUCUCUGUUUGGAGCCCUCAUGGCGAGCGAGCAUGCCACAGAGGACGUGCGCAUGGGUGAAGCUGCCUGUUCUGCUCAGCUUACAUGCCUUCCCUUCACUGUGCACAUCUGA